GCUCACUCGCCCGCCGCCAGGCUGCGGCUCCCCGUCCCGGCCAGGCCCGCGGGAGGCCGAGGGGCGCCCCUCGCCCGCGGUGACUGCGCUUCCGCCCCUGAGACGUCAGCCGCCCACCACCCAGGCCCCAGGGCCGUAGCCGGGGUAACACAGUGACUUCCAUCCGGGGCCGGCCCCUUCUCCCCGCCGCUGUGGGGCUGGCCCUCCAGGGGGCGGCCUCUGCCUUGCCGGGCUGUGGCGGGCGUGUGGCUGCCGGCCCCCGCCUCUGCUCCACAGCCGGGCGGCACGACCCAGCCUGGAGCGCAGGCCAGUCCGAGAGCAGGGGCUCUCUAAAUCCACACAGUCCCAGGUGGUGCCCUUGCCGCGGCUCUGCUCCGCCCUUCCCUUCUCCUCCUGGCCCGGGGAGAAGUCCUUGGCCAGAUGCUAUGGAGCCGAGCGCCCGGUGCUUGGCAGUCCUCGUCGCUCUCCUUACUGGCCGACCCACGCUGUCAUUCUGAUGUGUGGGCCUUUCUGGAGCUGGGCACGAGUGGCAGCUACAAUGACAGCCUGCAGGCCUACGCGGCUGGCGUGGUGGAAGCCGCUGUGUCCCAGGAGCUCAUCUACAUGCACUGGAUGAACACGGUGGUGAACUACUGCGGCCCCUUCGAGUACGAGGUCGGCUACUGCGAGCGGCUCAAGAGCUUCCUGGAGGUCAACCUGGAGUGGAUGCAGGAGCAGGUGGCGCUGAACAAGGACUCCGUGUACUGGCACCAGGUGCGGCUGACCCUCCUGCAGCUGAAAGGCCUGGAGGACAGCUACGAAGGCCGUGUGAACUUCCCGACUGAGAAGUUUACCAUCAAACCCUUGGGCUUCCUCCUGCUGCAGAUCUCGGGGGACCUGGAAGACCUGGAGCCCGCCCUGAAUAAGACCAAGGUCAAGGCUGCCCUGGGCGCAGGCUCCUGCUCCGCCCUCAUCAAGCUGCUGCCGGGCCAGAGCGACCUCCUGGUCGCCCACAACACCUGGCACAGCUACCAGCACAUGCUGCGCGUCAUCAAGAAGUACUGGUUCCAGUUCCGGGAAGGCCCACGGGAUGACGACCCCCUGGUUCCCGGCAACAAGGUGGUCUUCUCCUCCUACCCCGGCACCAUCUUCUCCUGCGACGACUUCUACAUCCUGGGCAGCGGGCUGGUCGCACUGGAGACCACCAUUGGCAACAAGAACCCGCUGCUGUGGAAGUACGUGCAGCCCGGGGGCCGCGUGCUGGAGUGGGUGCGCAACCUGGUGGCCAACCGCCUGGCCCUGGACGGGGACUCCUGGGCAGACGUCUUCAAGAGGUUCAACAGUGGCACGUACAACAACCAGUGGAUGAUUGUGGACUACAAGGCGUUUGUCCCCGGCGGGCCCAGCCCGGGGAGCAAGGUGCUCACCGUCCUGGAGCAGAUCCCGGGCAUGGUGGUGGUGGCGGACAAGACCUCGGAGCUCUACGAGAAGACGUACUGGGCCAGCUACAACAUCCCGUCCUUUGAGUCUGUGUUCAACGCCAGUGGACUGCAGGACCUGGUGGCCAGGUACGGGGACUGGUUUUCGUAUGACGGGAGCCCCCGGGCCCAGAUCUUCCGGCGGAACCAGUCGCUGGUGCAAGACAUAGACUCCAUGAUCCGGCUGAUCAGGUACAAUGACUUCCUCCACGACCCCCUGUCCCUGUGCAAGGCCUGCGAGCCCCAGCCCAACGCGGAGAACGCCAUCUCCGCCCGCUCCGACCUCAACCUGGCCGACGGCUCCUACCCCUUCUCAGCCCUGCGCCAGCGCUCCCACGGGGGCAUCGACGCGAAGGUGACCAGCAUGUCGCUGGCCAAGGCCCUGAGCCUGCUGGCGGUCAGCGGCCCCACGUGGGACCAGGUGCCCCCGUUCCAGUGGAGCGCCUCGCCCUUCAGCAGCCUGCUGCACAUGGGCCAGCCCGACCUCUGGAAGUUCUCGCCCAUCCGGGUCUGGUGGCAGUGAGGCCCGCCACUCUGCUGCCUUCGCCCCUGCCGCCCCGCAGGGCCCACCUGCCGUCAGCCCGGCCUCUGCCUGCCCCGGGACCUGCUGUGCACUGAGUGGGCAGAGUCUGCUGGAUCGUUCUCCGGGUCAUCUCCCCAGGGAGCGGCAGGGGCCCGGCCGGCUCCCCCGUCCCUGGAACGUCUCCUUUGCCUCCCCGCGACUUGCUCUGUCUCCGGCUUCUUGAUCCCACCUCUGGGGCCCCAUCCUGGUGUCCCUUCCUCCCGAGGGCUUGGAGGGGUCCUGGCGUCAGGCCCUGGGCCCCCGCAGCCCUCCAGCCUGGCUCCUGCUGGCGGCGCCCGUGGGCUUUCGGCCCGGGCCCUGGGCGUCCUCUCCGGCCGGCGUCCCUGCCCCCAGCCCCACCCCGCCCUGAGCGCCCUGGGAAGCAGCCCCCGCUCUCCCUUUCUGCACAGCUUCCUUAAGGACAGAAACUUGAAAACAAACCAAAACCAAAGUUUCUGGCCACGUGUGGCUGGAGGGUCCCGAGUGUCCUCACCUCGCCAGGGCAGGCGGGAGUGUCAGCCCCCCUGCUCCCGCCCCGCGCCCCCACCCGCCUGCCCCGGCUCCCUGCCGGAGGGAGCAAACCGCAGGCUGUGCCGCCAUUAAACAGACGGGUGAGGCCUCGUGCGUGCCAUGCUUCUUGGGGCCGAGGGGAAGGCGGGCCGGCGCCCUUGCUCCUCUCAGGUUUGGGUUUGCACCACAUCCCGUGCGUCGUCCUGUCCAGCUUCUGUCCGCCCUGUGCAUUCACGCACCUGCCAGCCCACCUGCCCACCCAUCUGCACAGCCCCACCAUCCGUCCGUCUUCCAUCCAUCUGUCCACUCAUGUCACAUCCAUCCAUCCACCCAUCCACUCGCUAACUUCUGUCCAUCCACGUAUUUAUCCACCCACCCACCCAUCCGCCCACACGCCUUCACCCAUCCACCCAUCUGUCUUCCACUCACCUAUCCAUAUCCAUCCCUCUUCCAUUUUCCGUCCAUCCAUCCGUCCACCCAUCCACUCACUAACUUCUGUCCAUCCACUUAUUUAUCCACCCAUCCGCCCACACGCCUUCACUCAUCUACCCAUCCAUCUUCCAUCCAUCCAUCCACCUAUCCAUCCAUCUGUCACCCAUCCAGCCCUCCGUCCAUCUACCCGCCCACCCACCCGUGAAUAUCUGUCUGUUCGUUUUCCAUCCAUCAUCCAUCAUCCAUCAUCCAUUCAUAUCCAUUCAGCCAUCCAUCCAUCCCGAUGUUCUGGGUCCUCUUCUGGGGCCCUGUUAACCACCAAGACCUCCCUAAAUCGUGCUGUGAGGUACAGACGCCUCCCCGUCUGCUGUCUCUCACACUGUCCCAGUGCUGUGUGCUUGGGGGGAGGAAAGCACACGGUCCAGAGACCUGGGUUCGAAUCCUGCCUCCACAUCUUGUUAACUAUGGACUCGACCUCCCCGAGCCUUGGUAACCUGACCUGUAAAAUGGGGUCACGAUGUGAGCAGCAUUUCCCUGGUGGGUGUUUUGCAGCCCGCACAGGGCCCCUCAGCAUUCAUUCAUUAGCAAAUGCUUAUCGAGCCUCGGUUCGUGGUCCCGGGGUUGCUCAUAACAAGCGCUGCAAAGACCCCCUGCUCUCAGCAGACACAAUAAACAAACGUGCCGCGUGUGC